CAUUAUCCUGAAGUGAAACAACGAUUAAGACAAGAAUUUGAUAAAGUUGUUGGAAAUGACUUAACAAGACCUAUAACGUAUAAAGAUCUUGAUGGAUUGGAAUAUUGCGAUGCAGUUAUUAAAGAAGUGUAUCGUCACUCUCCCAUAGCAUUUGUUCUUGGUCGUAUAAGUGCUCAAAAUGAUAACGUUGGAGGAUACGAUUGGCCAGAAGGAACUACAUUUCAAAUUCUUGCUUCCGCAAUAAUGAAACAUGAAGAUUAUUGGACUGAACCUGAAAAAUUCGAUCCUGAUAGAUUUUAUAAAGUUGAAGAGGGUGAUAAAUAUUUGCUUGAAAAGAAAAAAAUAAAAAAUACUUUUCAAAUGUUUGGAGGUGGAGUUAGAAUUUGUCCUGGAAAAAAAUUGGCAAUCAUAAAAUUA